AUGGCAGACGUUGAUCUCAUUCUCAGCAAGAUCAAGCUAUAUCGCAAUCACCCUGUUUCCGGUCAACUCUUCGCCGACAUCUUCCCCAUAUUCCGCGACCCUGUAGCAACAGAAGCUGUAGUAUCGCAUCUCACUACGCACAUCUUAUCCACUCAUUCUAUUUCUCAAAUAUCAGCCAUCGUAUGUCUUGAAGCUCGCGGCUUCUUCUUCGCGCCUCUGAUCGCAUCACGAUUAGGUCUGCCGUGUAUCCCUGUGCGCAAGAAGGGAAAAUUGCCAGGGGAUGUAUUGAGUGUUACUUAUGAGAAGGAGUACGGACCGGAUAUGUUUGAGAUGAAGAGUGAUGCUUUUGAGGGCGUCGAGACGCAGGGGAAGGAGGUUAUUUUGGUGGAUGAUUUAUUAGGGAAAGGAGGUUCGAUUCUUGCGGCUAAGGAUUUGGUUGGAAAAUUGGGGAUGGACAUUGCGGAGGCGGUCUUUAUUUUCGAUGUUGAUAUGCCGGGAUAUGCGGAAGCUGUGAGGGAAAAGGUAGGGGAUUUGAAGAGGUAUGCGAUGGUGACGCUUACUGUAUCGAAUUCGACUGAACCGGUCAAUUAA